AUUUACCGACUGUUGUUAUGACAACAGUAUCACAAUCCGGAAAUGAGCCUGAAGUGCCAAAGAUGGCGGCGCAGGAACCAAUGUCGAUAGCGAUGCGGCUAAGAAAUCAGUUACAGUCCGUAUAUAGACUUGACCCAUUGCGAAAUGAGGAAGAAGCUAAAUUGAAAAUCAAAGACCUGAACGAACAUAUUGUCUGCUAUCUGUGCGCGGGGUACUUCAUCGAUGCUACAACUAUAACUGAGUGUCUGCAUACAUUUUGUAAAAGCUGUAUUGUGAAGUACCUCCAGACCAGCAAAUACUGUCCAAUGUGCAACAUCAAGAUCCACGAAACACAACCUCUGCUCAAUCUGAAGCUGGACAGAGUAAUGCAAGACAUUGUCUACAAACUGGUCCCAGGACUGCAGGAAAGCGAAGACAGGCGGAUCAAGGAGUUCUACCAGUCUCGUGGCCUAGAAAGAAUAAUCCAGCCGCCGAACGAAGACGCAGUGCCAGAUGUCGCGGGUCUGCCGUACACCAGCUUCGACCACUCGAAAGCCCACUUCUACCGCUACGACGAGCAGGUUUCGCUCUGUUUGGAGAGGCAAAGUGCAUCCUCAUCGCUGUCAUCUGGGAAAGAUAAAAACAAGUCAGUUCAGCAGAUUCUUCUGGCAAGCAGUGUGGUGGUAUAUGUGUUCUGUUUGGCUAAUGGACCUCAGUUAGUCGAUAGCCGCUCCCCCCAGCAUAAAUCAGUACACUUCACACAAGUGACAAGUGUAUGUGUGGAAGCAGAAGCAUGAAAUACAGAGAUAGCCUAUCAGCCAUUCGAGCUGCUCGGUUAAGCCGAUUUUGUCAUGCUGCAUAUUUUUUGUCUGACAUUGCUUUAGUCUGUCUCACGGGUUCCAAGUUUUUAGAGAGCUGGAAUGCAUCAACUUCUGCGUGGAAAAGUGAGCAGCACUUACGAAUUCAGGAAGAGUUUUAUGGCACCUGUAACCUGAAUAUAUGUGUUUUCUUUUCUUUUUUUUGCAUUCUGCCAAAUCUCUUGAACUGCAACAAAGACAAGGCCACAGUUUUCAUCAUAGACUAAUACACACACUUAAGUUAGUUUAAAUUACAUGUUUUGUUUAGUUUGUUACAGAGGCAGGAGAGUUCACAGUGGAAUUAAAUCUCAUCAUGAGAUAUUUUCUCACCCACAAAAAUAUUUA